GAGAAUGUGGAGGCGGGAUGUGACCAGGCACCCUCCCUGUGAAUGAGAGGCGCUCCCGCAAGUAGGACGACAUGGGCAGACUUUACCUGCGUGACGUCAGAGGGGCGAUCCGCCAGGAAGUGCUGCACGAAUGGAGCCCAUAUCCUCUUGGAGUUCGGACACCGUGAGGGCAUAUUUGGAAGGGUUGGACCCUUCAGUUCAGCACUACCCAUUCCAAGAAUGGAACAUCACAGGGCAGGAUCUCCUGGACCUGUCCCCCCAGCAUCUUGAUGGCCUAGGAGUGAGAAGCAUAGGACACCAGGAGAUUAUUUUGGAGGCAGUGGAACAGCUGUGUGCCCUGCACUAUGACCUGCAAAGUGAAAGUCUGUGCACCCUCACAGAUAAGCUCUAUGGAGUCGCUCAGAUGUUAAGCUCGCACAUCCUUGCCCUCAAGAGAGUCUCUUCGGUCUCCCAAACCUCUGCUCAGUCUCCUACUCGUAAACAGUUGGCCUGCAUCAUAGACAUUGUAUCUGCAGCACGGGGCCUCUUCUCUUGGCUUAAUAGGUAUCUGUUCACUCGGUUGAAUGAUUACUCUGCCUGUCGAGAUGUUAUUGCUUUUUGCAUAGAGUUGGCGGAUACCUUGCAUAAGGAUUGGGCAGAUCCACAGGUUGAGAAUAGGAUUCUAACUAUCUGUGAAAAUAUUUGUGAGAUAUGUAGGAGUAUUCUGAACUGCAGCCCAGAGAGUCUCCUUGCUCAGACAGCAACACUUGAGCCAGUGCAGAUAUGCUCAGAACUUUCACAGAGUCUGGGAAUUGAAAUUAAGUCCACAUCUUCUGGACAGCAUUUUGUCUGCCUGACGACAGCUGAGUCUCCAGCAAGACUUUGUGGACAGAUAUUACCAGGGGAUGAGAUAAUUAAAGUAAAUGAUCAGGUAGUGGUUGGCUGGCCACAGAAAAAUCUUGUGUUGAAACUACAGGAAAGAUCAAAUUUUGUGACUCUUGUAUUAAAGAAAGUCUCUAUAUUCCCGUCCAAAACGCCUGUUUCACCAAACAAAAAGACUGUGCACGGAAUAUUCAGUUCAGUGUCAGCACACAGUGCUCCAGUCUCGCCAACUUACAGUGUACUUUCUUCAUCUUCAGAACAUAAAACUGUUUCCAUACUGAAAGCAAACAGCGUUCCCAAUUUGCUGAUAAAGCACGAAAAACUUCUGCCAACACAAAGUGCACCCACCAUCCUGACAGACAAUUACUCACUUGUUUUAAAGUCAGAGAGUGGAGUUUAUGCUUCACUAGAACAUUCUGGUACAGUCUCUUCUUCAGGUAAAAACCUUGCUGAAGAAAAGCAUAAUCAGCCUAGUGAGUCUUCUUCACCAAUGCAUAACACCUGGCCGUUUCCUGGUGCUCCAUCACAUUGCAAACCUCACGCAUCCUCCGUUUUUUCCUCAUUGUCCAUUUCUCCAUGCUCUUCUGACCCAACAAGUCUCCAGAAUAUGUCCUCAACUAUAUAUGCCAAAACGCUGACUCCAGUUGCACAACUUUCUCCAGUGGUUGAUCCACAAGAUUUAAAGUACACUAUACGUCCAAGAAGUGACUCGGAUUCUUCAUCUGCUCCUACAAUCAGUCUGCUCUCUGUUCCAUUGUCUCCUGGGGUCCUGAGGCCUUCAAUCUCUGACAGUAAUUUGGUUACUCCAACAAAUCUGAAAGCCAUUCCAAAAUUUCAGCUUGAAGAGAGGAAAGAAGAUGUUUACAAGAGUUUAGAAGAGGGGAUUGUGAGCUCCAAAGAUCAACAUAGUGAUAAGAGACAAGAUUCACAGAGCAACAGUCGGCCAAAGACUGAUAAAGAGACAACAUCUGGAUCUCGCCAACAUCAGAAACGGGUAAACAAGCUGAGUCGUAGACGGGUAUCCUGCCGCGAUUUGGCUAGUCCAGAUUGUGAUGGCUGGCUCUGGAAGAAAAAAGAAAAUGUUGGUUUCAUGUCCCAGAAGUGGAAACGUUGCUGGUGUGUCCUGAAGAAAGAUAGAUUUUUCUGGUACAAUGCACCACAAGAUGAGAAAGCCCUGGGACUACUUAACAUGUCUUUAUAUAAACUCGAGAGUCCAUUGGAAGCGAAGCCCAAAAAGAAAUAUGAAUUUCAGCUGACUCAUCCCACAUACAAACCAUUUGUCUUUGCUGCAGAUAAUUUGACUGACAUGAAAAAGUGGGUGACCUGUCUGAUCAAAGCUCUGCAGAAAUUUAAAGCUCCGCCAAACUCCAACCAUUCAAAAGAGGAAGAUUGUUACAGUGAGACCGAGGCAGAGGAUGAUGAUCACAUGAAAGCACAAGAUGUGAUAAAGAAACAGUUGGUACAGUCACCUAAUAAGAACAUUCCGGGAGCAUGGUCACCAUCGGCAAGUGAAGAGGGGGCAGAAGGGGGACAGUUGCCUAAAUCCAGUAAUGCCCAAAGUCAAGUAGUCGAUGAUCUUCACAUAAUGAUGUCUUGCCUGAAACAAGGAGGCGUUUCACUUAUUGGAAAGAAAACUGCAAUGACACAAGAUGAAUAUCGUAAAUCCUUCAUCCGUCGCAACAAAAAUCCAGAAAUAAACCAAAAAGCGCACACUUUACGGGUUAUGCACAGCACACUAAAGGCAAAACUGAUAGAACUACAGGCACUGAACCAAAUUCUGGAGAGUCCAAACUUAAACUCUGCAACAUUUCAGAAGUGGAAGUCUGAGCAUGAGCAACUCUAUGGUACUAUAGGAAGUAGCCCUCAGGCACCAAGAAAGAGUGGGGGUGACAUGCAUCAAGAAGGAGCAACCGAUAACCUCAAAAGCAAACAGGACAGUGAGGAAAGUGAAGCAAGUGACUGAAAUAUGAUCCAUUGAUAAUGUACUGUUCAGUGAUUUAUAAGGCUCUUAAUCAAAACUCGUACUUAACUGAAGAGAUUGAUGACCAUAGUGGUAUAACUUUUUAUCAAGAACUGAUAUAUUGUAAGUUGUUUAUUGUAUAUUGUACCACUUUUUAAAAAAAAUAAAAAAAUAUGUAAUUUCCCUGUGGGACUUGCAUAUACCCCAGUUUAUCUAA